GUUUCGUGUUUACGAAGCACGUGUUCAUUAGAGGACAGAAUAUUUACACAAGGUAGCUUCUGAUUAAUCUGAAGUGGUGACUGUUUAUAAAAGAUGAGUGGUAAACGAUCGAAAGCACAAUUUAAAAAGUUCACCUCACACGUAUAACGAUGCUUGGUACGUGAGGGAGGCAAACUCGGAUGGACCCAAGGUCUUCCGAAAUAAUCUCGAAGCAGAAUCCAAUUGUUCGUGUAAAUGUUGGACCAACGAGAUCUCAAAAAUGCAUCCAUCAACGAUGAGGUGCAACAACUUACCGCAGUCCGCGGCCAGUAUGGUGGCAUCUUAUGGAGUCUACCAAGAUACAGAGUUACGAAAAGUAGACAAGGAGGAUGGCUCAUUUACGCGUAAUAAUGCCCACAGGGGAAUUGUAGUGAAUGCCACCGUAGGAAGUAGUGUGGUACGAACUAAUCAAUCAAUUCCUCUUCGACCAAGUUCCUGCACUUGGUGCGUUCCAUCACAAACUACAGCAUCUAACUCAGGGACCGAGUCAUCCUUUUGGACGCCAUGCUGCAAACCUUCUGUCCUACUACUUGUACUUGUAGUAUUAGUAGUAAUAUUUGUGAUGGUCUCCGGAAUUCUAGUCUACUUUAACUAUAUGACCUACAAACCUGGCCAAGCACCAUCAGAAGAGCCAUGUGAGAAGACAUUCUGCGCUUGGGGUGCCCAUUGCGUUACUGGUCCUGAUGGUAGAGCAUUAUGUCAAUGUCCCACGUACUGUAAACCAAUCAGCGACCCUGUAUGCGGUACCGAUGACAAGACGUAUUUGAAUCAAUGCGAAUUAAGAGCAUCGGCAUGUCAAAAUCGACAAAAUAUCAGGCAAAAAUAUUCUGGUGCUUGCGAACUCAGCAACCCCUGUAAAAAGAGCUGCGCAAGCGACGGUCAAUGCCAAUUCUCCCCUGACGAACGUGAGUGCGAAUGUCCUCAAAAAUGCGUUGGAGAGCAUUCCGCUUUGCAACCUGUUUGCGGGUCUGAUGGUGUUGACUACAAGAACACUUGUGAAUUGAACAUAGCGUCAUGUAAUCUUAACACGAACCUUACAGUCAAAUUCUACGGAAAAUGUGAUCCGUGUGCUGAAAUUGAGUGUCCUGAUCCGGAAGUAUGCCAGUUGGACCAACACAGGAACCCUGUGUGCCGAUGCGGUGAAACCUGUGCCCUUGCGUUUAAUCCUGUCUGUGGUUCUGAUGGGAAAACGUACUCUAACGAGUGUGUGUUGAGGCAAGAGGCUUGCAGGACGAGGAGAUCGCUUCAUAUAAUAUACCGUGGAAAAUGCAGUUCGGGAGUUAAUCCAUGCACUAGCGUACGGUGUAGUUUGGGGCAGGGUUGUGCAAUAAAUAAAUAUGGAAUCGCUCGUUGUGAGUGCCCUCCUGCUUGCGAACCCAUUAUGCGACCUGUAUGUUCGAAAGACGGUUUAACGUAUCCCUCCGAAUGCGAGUUGAAACGAUCGUCGUGCAUUUCGAGAACCCACACGGAGGUUGCACAUACAGGACACUGUAGCGCACUUAGUCCUUGCACUCAGAAUGUGUGCAAAUUUGGAGCAAGAUGUGUCGAGAUUUCGGGAAUGGCAACGUGUAAAUGUCCCACGUGUUCCGCCGAGUUUGAUCCCGUGUGUGGAUCUAACGGAGUCACUUACGGAAAUGAAUGCAAGCUGCGGUUGGAGGGAUGCGAGCUUAGUCAGGAGAUUAAAUUGUUGUAUUGGGGGCCUUGCGAUCGAUGCGAACAUGGUAAAUGCGAAUAUCCGACUUGUAACAACGAAAGCCGAUGCAUCUGUCCCAAGUCUUGUAAUGAAUCCAAGCUUAUAGAAGGAGUGGUCUGCGGUACAGAUGGUGUUACGUACAAAAGUGAAUGUGAACUUCAAAUCUCGUCCUGCAAGCUAAACCAAUAUAUUAUAGUCGCAUAUAAAGGAGAUUGCGACCUCUGUAAAUCUGUCGAAUGCAAGAAUGGGGCGAAAUGCCACGAUGGUAAAUGUAUCUGCCCAAUCGACUGCCAGGAUUCUAAGGAAGAGCCCAUUUGCGCGUCAAAUAUGAUUACAUACGCAAAUGAAUGUGAAUUUGAAAAAUCGAUAUGUUUAAAUCCUAGCACGCCUCCCAUUAGUGUCUUAUUUUAUGGAAAUUGCAGCGAGAGAUUUCCCGUUACUGGAGCUCUUACAACUCUAUUCCCGUCCGUGGUCCUCGUUAACUCAGAAACGGCUGCAGAUGCAACCGUGGCCACUCCUGAAAAUCCUUUCAGUUUGACAGAACUGGAAUUAAAUGCUGCAGAGCGAGAAGAGUGCCUCGACAUCCACUGCGAUUUUGAAGCAACUUGCGAAUUGGGUCCCGACAACUUUCCACGGUGCGUAUGCCAGUUUAACUGUGCCACAUCCACAACCUCACCUGCGCAAGCCGUUUGCGGGUCCGACUUACGCACCUACCCCUCUCUAUGCGCAAUGAAGAUGGAAGCGUGUCAAAGGCAAGAAGAGUUGCGCUUACGCCCGCUCGAUCUCUGUCAAGGCAUGGAAGUGAAACCGUGUAAUGGCGACAAACCACUAGUAGAUCUGCUAACUGGUGAAGAAUUGGAUUGUGGAAAUGAUCCGAAUAGAAAGGAUUGUCCAUCGGGUAGCUAUUGCCAUCAAACAACAAGGUUUUCUCGUUGCUGUCACAAGGAUCAAAGCGUUAUUCAAGGGAAAGGUUGCGAGGAUAGCUGGCACGGUUGUUGUCCGGAUGGGAAAACUCCCGCCCAGGGUGUCAAUUUUGCCGGUUGUCCCUCCCUGUGUGGAUGUAAUAAACUGGGAUCCUACUCGCAUAUUUGCGACCCGGACACUUUGCAGUGUGCUUGUAGACCAGGCGUUGGGGGCACUAAGUGCGAUAGAUGUUUACCUGGCUACUGGGGACUGCCUAAAAUAUCUGUGGGACAUUUGGGUUGUAUUCCGUGCGGUUGUUCUUCAUUUGGAUCGGUGCGAGAGGACUGUGAGCAAAUGACAGGACGCUGUGUUUGCAAGCCAGGUAUACAAGGCCAAAAGUGUACCGUUUGUAAUAGCCAUAACAAGAUUUUAGGACCAAACGGAUGCGUAUCAGCUGAUGUGACAACUCUACCACCAACCACGUGUAAAGGAUUAAUGUGUCAUUUUGGGGCCAUAUGCGUGGAACGGGGCAACCAUGCACUGUGCGAUUGCCAAGAUAAGUGCGAAAAAGAGCUUAACACCAAGAUUGUUUGCGGUAGCGAUGGUCAAACUUACAGAUCUGCAUGCCAACUUCAUUUAGUAGCUUGUCGACUGCAAAAGGAUAUCGUAAUUCAAGCAUUCGGAUCCUGUAAAGAACAUAUGCUCCCUGGAACGGACUGGCCAAUUCAACGUUAUACCCCUUUGCAAUUCACACAACCCGAUGAAUCGAACUCUCCCCUUUCAAAGUCUACUCGGCACCUCUUGGUUUCUGAUCUGAGGUAUUACUACGAAAGGAGUGGAUCGCCUCUAUGGGCGUCAAAGGGUUUACCAUAUUCUACAAGCUCAGAUUCCGACAACCGACUACUAGUCGAAAACGAGCCAUUCUUUUCAGAGAAAAUUCACAAUACACGCGGUGAAAAUUAUGCAGCAGCUUAUAGGCCCACGCCAGCAACUGUCAGAGUAGUAACUGCACUGUUAGGAGAUCUGUGCUCUGAACAUUCUGAUUGCUUAAUUAUGUACAGCGAUUGUGUGAAAGGUGCUUGUUCGUGCAUGACGGGUUACUCAGAAUCUUCAGAUCGCCAGAAAUGUAUCGAAGAACCGAGCACAACCGAAGAAUAUAGCGCUUGUAGUUCUUCUCCCUGUCACCAUAGCAGCACAUGCGUAGAUCUUCCAGAUUCCAUGUUUGCUUGUAUUUGUCCCGAUAACUUGACGGGGUUACUUUGCGAAAGUGGAACUACAGAAACAAGUUUCGAAGUUGCGGCAUUCGGAGGACGAUCUUCUGUUCGGUUAAAACCCUUAAAAGCAUACCAUAAGCUUAGUAUUGAGAUAGAGUUUAAAACAUAUUCCAACAAUGGCGUAAUACUCUACAAUCAACAAACGCCAAAAGGAAUAGGCGAUUUUAUAUCCUUGGCCGUUAUAGAUGGAUAUCUCGAAUUUAGGUAUAAUUUAGGAAAUGGUGCAGUCAUUAUUACAUCUGUAGAGAAAUUAGAACUCAAAAAGUUUCAUAAAGCUGUGAUUAAAAGGUAUCACCGUGACGGAAUGCUUAGACUUGAUGAUGGAGAAGAUGUAGUGGGCCAAUCUAAAGGCUCCUUGCGAGCUUUAGAUCUUUUAGAAGACGCUUUUGUAGGAUACGUCCCUACUAACUACACAAGAGUAUACGAAAAUAUUGGGACCGAUCAAGGAUUUCAAGGGUGCAUUAGGAAAUUAAAGAUAGGAAGAAGAAUAGUAGAAUUACAGGACAGCAAAGAUGAACUAGUUUUAAAUGUCCAAGGUGUACUAGAAUGCGGACAAAAUCCUUGCUCGAGCCUUCCCUGUUUAAAUGGCGGGAUUUGCUCUGCGCUGGAUUCUAUUCAAUACCGCUGCGACUGUAAACCACCAUACAUAGGAAAUUUUUGCGAAAACAUGGUCGACGCAUGCUUAUCGAAUCCGUGCAAAGGGGGUUCGACGUGUAGCGUCUUACAAAGUGGAGGUUAUGAUUGCAAGUGCCCAACUGGCCUCAAAGGAAACAACUGCGACUUAGUGGACACAAGCAUAAAUUUGUCUAUUCCCCAGUUUAACGGUUCGAGUUACAUAGUAUUUCCAAAAUUGGAAGGAAUCAGUAAAACAUUUUCUAUGGAAGUCUUCUUUUUAAGCACUUUCGAAUCGGGAAUGUUGUUGUAUAGUGGCCAGUUAAGAAACGGCCAUGGAGAUUUUAUAUCUUUAAACUUGGUAAAGGGAUAUUUACAGUUUAGAUUUAAUUUAGGAAGUGGAGUCGCAAAUAUUACAUCCGAUAGAAAAAUUGAAAUUGGAAAGUGGCACUGGGCACGAAUUUCUCGAAACGGUCGCGAAGGGUUGUUACACUUCGAUAACUCCACAGUUGUCCGUGGCUACUCAGGUUCACCACUCACGGAGUUAAAUUUAAAUCUGCCUUUUUACAUAGGGUCGCUCAAGUACUGGAAAGAGGUACACAAACUAUCGGGAAUUAUAAAGGGUUUUAGAGGAGCAAUUCAAAAAUUAAUAAUCAACGGCGAAACGCUUCCAAUAUCAGGUAAAUUGCCAAACUGCCAUUCCACCAAUACAUCAGUGUGUGCCGAUAACAUUGAUGUCUACACUGGAUCGCCGUGUCCUGUUACUAAAAAUCCUUGUUUAAAUAAUGGGUUGUGUGUACCAUAUCUAAAUAAAUAUCUUUGUCAGUGCAAUUCCAAAUUUGAGGGAAGAUACUGCGAAAUUUCACGUGAUGAAAGGUCUUCCGUUAAGUUUAAUGGUUCCACGUUCUUGCAGUACCGUAACAGAGGCUACAGAAACGAGAAUAUAAGUCAUAAUGUUAAGGAAGUUAACUAUGGCCCAAACCAUUAUUACUUCGACGACGGUGUGCUACCAGAAGACGAAACCGAUCACUAUGGCUUAGACAUCGAUUACGAUGAGGGCAGUGAGGAUUAUGACUUAGACGAUAAUUUCUAUGACUUUAUUGGGAGGAAAGGUGAGCGAGGAAAUCGAUACGAGUUUAGACUACGCACUUCAGUAUCUGAUGGAUUGUUACUUUGGAGGAGUAAAAGUCGCAGCAUAACCGAAGAUUAUUUCACUGUUGCUAUAGUUGAUGGUUAUCCUGAGAUGAGUUACAAUUUGGGAAAGCAAAACGUAUUUUGGGCAAUAAGAGCCAAAACGAGGAUCAACGACGGUGAAUGGCAUACUUUAGAGGUGAGAAGGAGAAAGAAAAUGGGUUUUAUUUCAGUUGAUGGAGAAGCACCAACUAAAGGUAUUUCCUAUAAUGGCGCCAUAUCAUUGAAUACUAAUUCCAAACUAUGGAUAGGUGGAUUACUUUCAGGGCCUCCAGGUUUGCCGUCAUCCUAUUACAAAGGUUUCGUCGGUUGCAUAAAGUAUAUUACUGUGAACGCAAAAGCCCUUAAUAUGUUACGACACAACGAGCAUACAAUUACAUUUUGCCACGAGAACGAAAUAUUGAAUUAAACACGGUAUCAAGGUCACUGUUCCAGUUACUUUAACGAUAUAAGACUGAAUUCCUACAUUUCCCCAUUCUGACAAUAGCAACAUGCGACAUUAUGAUUGAACAUGUUACUAUUGCCAUGAGGAUAACAACUUAGAUUCCAUUUUUAGAUUAGUUAAUUAAAAAAUCCUUUUUGUAACGCCUUGUGUAUUACCUACAGAGUACCACUCAAAAACAUUGAACAUUUAUUUUUGGUAAUUUCUAAUCUUCCAAAAUGUUAGUAAUCAUAUCGUUUUACGAACAUUACUAUGACAAUGAAUCGCUACAACUGCCUUCAAUUUAUAGUCUGACAAUGUAAUAUUAUUGUAUCAUAUCUUUUACAUAUCUUUUCCCUAUUGCUUCUGUUCCUAACACUUACAAAUCUCUCUAUUUGAACAAAUUGUAUUAAUGUUGUAACUAUAUGUAUAUACAAGUAUUAGUUGUACCUUUGAAUACAGUUGUUGAGAUAUCUAGUGUACAUAUGAUAACGAUAGAGGUAUUAUAUAGUUAAGUUAAUCAUUACUUUAUUGCCAUGAACAUACAGCAACGCAAAUAACAAUCGUUAAACAAACUAUUCAAAAAUAGAGUCAUCUUGUUUUAGAAUGCAUUGUGUGUAAUAAAUUAGUCAAUAUAUUUUUCUUUCACACAUA